CAAUCAUCUACAAUCUGUCGCUAACAGAGCGCGAACAAAAAAAAACGAAAGUGUUCAAAGACAUCUCGAUUCUGUUCCUUGUGCACAAGACUGUCUGUACUGCUGUCAUGCUGAAGAGCUGACGCUUUUCAUAAAGCAGUGCUGAUGUUUGCGCUGGCUGUGUAGCUGCAGUAUGUCAGGGGACUCUCCGUCUGAGAUGAGUCUAACCAAGGAACAUGGACACUUUUAUCCAAAGCAACUUACAAAUGAGGACAAUGGAAGCAAUCAAAAUCAACAAAAGGGCAAUGAUAUAGAAAGAUCAGGCUCAGAUGUGUUCAGCUCUGUGUCUGUGAAGAGUAACUGGUCAAAAGAUGAACCACCGAAAUUCAGUGAGAAAAAACCAUCAUCUACCAAAAGAGAAAGAUCAGGCUCAGAUGUGUUCAGCUCUGUGUCUGUGAAGAGUAACUGGUCAAAGGAUGAGCCACCGAAAUUCAGUGAGAAAAAAACAUCAUCUACCAAAAGAGAAAGAUCAGACUCAGAUGUGUUCAGCUCUGUGUCUGUGAAGAGUAACUGGUCAAAGGAUGAGCCACCGAAAUUCAGUGAGAAAAAAACAUCAUCUACCAAAAGUGUAAGAUCAGGCUUGUGUGUGUCCAGCUCUCCAUCUGUGAAGAGUGACCGGUCAAAAGAUGAACCCCCGAAAUUCAGUGAGAAAAAAACAUCAUCUGUCAAAAGAGAAAGAUCAGGCUCAGAUGUGUUCAGCUCUGUGUCUGUGAAGAGUAACUGGUCAAAGGAUGAGCCACCGAAAUUCAGUGAGAAAAAACCAUCAUCUAUCAAAAGCAACAAAGGACAGAAGACCACAGUAAAUAUAGGUGCAGAAUUUACACGGUGGGAAACUCUAAAAGCACAGAAGGGAAUGAAGAAUGAUGUGGAACUGGCAACUUUUCUUCUUAACCGGAUUCAAUAUGAGAAAUCAGACUUCCAGAAUAACCGCUUCAAAAAGAAUUUCAGAGAAAGUCUUGUCUGGAUCUUCCAGGACCUUGAGUACAAAAUAAUUGUAUUUCUGAAGACUGAACUGGAAAAGUUUAAGAAAAUAUUAAAAAAAGAGAACACACAAUACUUUGUCCAGGACUUUAUAGAGGACAUGUGCAGUGUCAAAGAAGCAGCUCUUGAUAUCACACUUUACUUCCUAAAAAAUAUGAAGCAAGAUGAACUUGCAGACACUCUAAAAGAUGAGCUGGUCUUCAUUCAUCAACGACAACUUAAAUCAAACCUGAAGAAAAAGUAUCAGUGUGUGUUUGAAGGAAUUGCAAAGCACGGCGACUCCACACUUCUGAAGAACAUAUACACAGAUCUCUAUAUCACUCAGGGUGGUAGUGAACAGGUCAAUACUGAGCAUGAGGUAAGGCAGAUUGAAAAAGUUCGCAGGCGUGCUGAGUCACAAGAGAUACAGGUUGAAUGCACAAAUUUGUUUGAAGCAUCUGAACAAGACAAGGAGAUCAGAACUGUACUGACAAAAGGAGUUGCUGGCAUCGGGAAAUCCAUCUCUGUUCAAAAGUUUAUUCUGGAUUGGGCUGAAGGAAAAGAAAAUCAAGAUAUCAACUUUAUAUUUCCUCUUCCAUUCAGAGAGAUUAACUUAAAGGAGAAAGAAAAACAAGGUUUGAUGAGCCUUGUAAGCCAGUUUUUCCCAGAGACAAAAGGACUGAACCUUACAAGAAAUGAUAAAUUCAAAGUCCUGUUCAUCCUUGAUGGAUUGGAUGAAUGCCGUCUUCCUCUAAACUUUAAGGAGAAUGAGACGUGGCGUGAUGUAUCUUCACCAGCCUCUCUGGAUGUUCUCCUGACAAACCUCAUCAAGGGAAAUCUGCUUCCUUCUGCUCUCAUCUGGAUCACCACCAGACCAGCAGCUGCCAGUAAGAUUCCCCCUGACUGUAUCGACCGGGUGACAGAGGUCAGAGGGUUCAAUGAUGCACAAAAGGAGGAGUACUUCAGAAAAAGAUUCACGGAUGAGAAUCAGGCCAAAGAAAUCAUUGAUCACAUUAAACAAUCAAAGAGUCUCUUUAUUAUGUGCCACAUCCCAGUCUUCUGCUGGAUUUCAGCCACUGUUCUCCAGAAGAUUUUGGAGGAGAAAAGAAAUAAUGAUCUGAAAAAUAAUCAGGCUGAUGACGCCUCCAAAACACUUCAGGAAUCAAAUACUGAAGACACUCCUAAGACUUUGACAGAAAUGUACACACACUUUCUCCGCUUUCAGAUGCUGCAGAGUAGACGAAAGUACGAUGGAGAAUAUACACCAGAUGUUUCCUGGAAUAAAGAUGCCAUCCUUUCACUGGGGAAUCUGGCAUUUCAUCAGCUGGAAAGAAACAACUUGAUCUUCUAUGACACAGAUCUGGAAGCCUGUGGUAUUGAUGUCUCUAAAGCAUCAGUGUAUUCAAGCAUGUGUACCCAGAUCUUUAAGGAGGAAACAGGUAUCACUGUUGGUACCAUGUACUGCUUUGUUCACAUGAGCAUUCAAGAGUUUAUUGCAGCCCUUUAUGCACAUCUGUUUCUAGACAUCAACAAGAAAAAUGCAUUUGUUCAAGAGUCUACAGAACAGGAAAACCAAAAUGACACCAUGAUUGAUUUGCUCAAGACUGCAGUGGACAAGGCGCUUGAGAGUGACAAUGGACACCUGGACCUAUUCCUUCGCUUCCUUCUUGGUUUGUCACUUAAGUCUAAAAAAACACUCUUACGAGGUCUAUUGACACAGCAAGAUGGCAGUGACGGCAGUGACCAGAGCACAAAGGACAUAGUUGAGUACAUCAAGCAAAAAUUUCAAGAUAAUCUUUCUCCGGAUAGAUCCAUCAAUCUGUUCUACUGUCUGAAUGAACUGAACGACCAAACUUUGGUAAAAGAGAUUCAAACCCACCUCAGCAAAGGAAGUCUCUCAUCUGCUGAACUUUCUCCUGCCCAGUGGUCUGCUUUGGCUUUUGUGUUGUUGACAUCAGAGGAGGAAAUGGAGGAGUUUGAGCUUCAGAAAUUCAAGAAAUCAGACGAGUGUCUCAUUCGACUGUCACCAGUCAUAAAAACCUCCAAAAAAGCUUUGUUAAAUGAUUGUAAUUUAACAGACAGAAGCUGUUCAGCUCUGGCUCCAGUUCUUGGAUCAGACUCUAAUCUGAAAGAGCUGAAUAUGAACAAUAAUAAUCUGCAGGAUUCAGGAGUGAAAGUGCUCUGCACUGGACUGCAUCAUGUAAAGUGUGAAUUGGAGAUACUAGUGCUCAGUAAGUGUGAGUUGACUAAGGAAAGCUGUUCAGCUCUCGCUUCAGUUCUUAGUUUAGCCUCCAACAGUUUGAAGGAUCUUGACCUGAGCAAUAAUAAUCUGCAGGAUUCAGGAGUGAAGCUGCUCUCUGAUGGACUGAAGAAGAAUUGUAACCUGGAGAAAGUCAGACUUUCAAACUGCAGUAUCACUGAAGAAGGUUAUGAAGCUUUGGCUUUAGCUCUGAAAUCAAACCCAUCAAACCCUUCACACCUGAUAGAGCUGGAUCUCACAGGAAAUGAUCCUGGACAAUCAGGAGUGAAGCAGCUUGAUGAUUUACUACAGGAUCCAAACUGUCAGCUGAAGAAACUAAGGUUUUUGGAUCCUGCUGCAGAUAAAGCCUGUCAGUAUGUGACUAGAAUUGUGGGUGAAAACCCGUUACUCCUGAGAGAGCUGAAUCUGAGUGAAUGUGAACUAGGAGACAAACGAGUGAAUCAGAUCGCUGCUCUACUGCAGGAUAAACACUGUAAACUCAACACACUGACGCUGAAUAAUAACAGUAUUACUGCAAAAGGUUGUGUUGCUCUGACUUCAGCAUUUAUUUUAAAUCCUUCAAACCUGAUAGAGCUGGAUCUGAGUGGGAAUAAACUAGGAAACUCAGGAAUUGAGAAGAUCUGUCCUCUGUUGAAACAUACACAGUGCAGAUUAGAAAAACUGAAACUUUCAGACUGCAGUAUCACUGAAGAAGGAUAUAAAACUCUGAUUUCAUCUCUGAAGUCAAACUCACACCUCAUAGAGCUGGAUCUCAGAGGAAAUUAUCCUGGACAAUCAGGAGUGAAGGGGCUCAUUGACUUACAGCGGGUUGAAUGCUGUAAAUUAAAGACCAUCAGGUUUUUGAAAAGUCCUGCUGCACAGGAAGCGUGUUAUUAUCUCAAUGAAGUACUGGGUAUAAAUCCAUUAGUACUGACAGAACUGGAUCUGAGUGAAGAUAAAAUAGGAGAUCUGGAUGGAGAGAAACUCUCUGCUCUUUUGAUGGACUCUCAUAGCAAACUGGAGAAAAUCAAGCUGAAUAAUUGUGAGCUGACAGAGAAAAGCUGUUCAGUUCUAGCUACUGUUCUCUCCUCCAAAACCAUCCUGAAAGAGAUGAACCUGAACAACAGCCGUCUUCUGGACUCAGGAGUCAAAAAGAUCUGUGAGGGACUGAAGAAUCCUGUGUGUGAGCUGAAGAAACUCAAACUUUCAGACUGCAGUAUCACUGAAGAAGGUUAUAAAGCUCUGGCUUCAGCUCUGAGAUCAAACCCUUCACACCUGAUAGAGCUGGAUCUCACAGGAAAUGAUCCUGGACAAUCAGGAGUGAAGCAGCUCGAUGAUUUACUGCAGAGUCAGUACUACUCACUGAAGACACUGAGGUUGUUACAAAGUCCUGAUGCAGAAGAAGCUUGUAAAUAUCUGAAUGACGUUCUUCACAUUAAAAACCCGUUACUCCUGAGAGAGCUGAAUCUGAGUGAACGUGAACUAGGAGACACACGAGUGAAUCAGAUCACUGCUCUACUGCAGGAUAAACACUGUAAACUCAACACACUGAUUCUGCGUAAGUGUGGUCUAACAGGGGAAGACUGUUCAGCUCUCGCUACAGUCCUGAGAUCAAACUCCAGUCUGAAAGAGCUUGACAUGAGCGACAAUAAUCUGCAGGAUUCAGGAGUGAAGAAACUCCAGAACGGAUUAGAAAAUACAAACUGCACUUUGCGGAAACUCAGACUCUCAAACUGCAGUAUCACUGAAGAAGGUUAUAAAGCUCUGGCUUCAGCUCUGAGAUCAAACCCUUCACACCUGAUAGAGCUGGAUCUCACAGGAAAUGAUCCUGGACAAUCAGGAGUGAAGCAGCUCAGUGAUUUACUACAGGAUCCAAACAGUAAACUGAGAACUCUAAGGUUUUUGGGUCCUGAUGCAGAUGAAGCCUGUCAGUAUGUGAAUAGCGUUCUGGGUGAAAACCUGUUACUGCUGAGAGAACUGAAUCUGAGUGAAUGUAAACUAGAUCAUUCUGGAUUAAUGAAACUUGCUGCUGUACUGCAGGACAAACACUGUAAACUAAACACACUGAUUCUGAAUAACAGCGAUAUCACAGAAGAAGAUUGUCAUGUUCUGGCUGAAGCUUUAAAUUCAAACCCUUCAAAUCUGACAGAACUGAAUCUGAGUGGGACUAAACUCAGAAACUCAGGAAUAAAGAUCUUCUCGACUCUGUUUAAGAAUGAACAGUGUAGACUGAAAAAGCUGAAGUUUAUUUGCAUCAAUAUUACAGAAGAAGGUUGUGCUGCUCUGACUUCAGCAUUUAAUUCAAAUCCUUCAAACCUGAUAGAGCUGGAUCUGAGUAGGAAUGAACUGGGAGACUCUGGAGUGACUGAAAUCUCCACUCUACUGGGAAACUCUCAGUGCACACUGCAGAUACUCAGACUUUCAGACUGCAGUAUCACUGAAGAAGGUUAUAAAGCUCUGGCUUCAGGUCUGAGAUCAAACCCUUCACACCUGAUAGAGCUGGAUCUCACAGGAAAUGAUCCUGGACAAUCAGGAGUGAAGCAGCUCGAUGAUUUACUACAGGAUCCAAACUGUCAACUAAAGACACUGAGGUUUUUGGGUCCUGCUGCAGAUGAAGCCUGUCAGUAUGUGGCUGGAAUUGUGGGUAAAAACCCGUUACUCCUGAGAGAGCUGAAUCUGAGUGGAUGUGAACUAGGAGACACACAAGUGAAUCAGAUCGCUGUUCUACUGCAGGAUAAACACUGUAAACUCAACACACUGACACUGAAUAAUAACAAUAUUACAGCAGAAGGUUGUGUUGCUCUGAUCUCAGCAUUUAAUGUAAACCCUUCAAACCUGAUAGAGCUGGAUCUGAGUGGAAAUAAACUUGGAAACUCAGGAAUACAGAAGAUCUGUCCUCUGUUGAAAAGCACAGAAUGCAAAUUGGAAAAACUAAAACUUUCAGACUGCAGUAUCACUGAAGAAGGUUAUAAAACUCUGGCUUCAGCUCUGAGAUCAAACCCUUCACACCUGAUAGAGCUGGAUCUCACAGGAAAUGAUCCUGGACAAUCAGGAGUGAAGCAGCUCAAUGAUUUACUACAGGAUGGACGCUAUAAAUUGAAGACCAUAAGGUUUUUGAAAAGUCCUGCUGCAGAGGAAGCGUGUUACUUUCUUACUAAAGUUCUGGGUACAAGUCCAUUAUUACUGACAGAACUGGAUCUGAGUGAAGAUAAAUUAGGAGAUCUGGACUGGGAGAAGCUCUCUGCUCUUUUGAUGGACUCUCAUAGCAAACUGAAGAAAAUUAAGCUGAAUAAUUGUAAGCUGACAGAGAAAAGCUGUUCAGUUCUAGCUACUGUUCUCUCCUCCAAACCCAUACUGAAAGAGAUGAACCUGAACAACAGCCAUCUGCUAAACUCAGGAGUCAAAAAGAUCUGUGAGGGACUGAAGAAUCCUGUGUGCGAGCUGAAGAUACUCAAGCUCAGAAACUGUGAUCUAAAUGAGGAAAACUAUUCAGCUCUCACUUCAGUUCUCAGUUCAGACUCCAGUUGUCUGAGGGAUCUUGAUAUGAGCAAAAAUAAUCUACAGGAUUCAGGGGUGAAGCUGCUCUCUGAUGGACUGAAAGAGAACUGUAAACUGGAGAAACUCAGACUUUCAGACUGCAGUAUUACUGAAGAAGGUUAUAAAGCUCUGGCUUCAGCUCUGACAUCAAACCCUUCACAUCUGAUAGAGCUGGAUCUCACAGGAAAUGAUCCUGGACAAUCAGGAGUGAAGCAGCUCAGUGAUUUACUACAGGAUCCAAACUGUCAACUAAAACUGAGGUUUUUGGGUCCUGCUGCAGAUGAAGCCUGUCAUUUUGUGACUGGAAUUGUGGGUAAAAACCCGUUACUCCUGAGAGAACUGAAUCUGAGUGAACGUGAACUAGGAGACACACGAGUGAAUCAGAUCGCUGCUCUACUGCAGGAUAAACACUGUAAACUCAACACACUGAUGCUGAAUAAUAACAGCAUUAAUGCAGAAGGUUGUGUUGCUCUGACUUCAGCAUUUAAUUCAAAUCCUUCAAACCUGAUAGAGCUGGAUCUGAGUGGAAAUAAACUUGGAAACACAGCAAUUGAGAAAAUCUGUCCUCUGUUGGAAAAUGCACAAUGCAGAUUAGAGAAAUUGAAACUUUCAGAUUGUAGUAUUACUGAAGAAGGAUAUAAAACUUUGACUUCAUCUCUGAAGUCAAACUCACACCUGACAGAGCUGGAUCUUAGAGGAAAUUAUCCUGGACAAUCAGGAGUGGAGGGACUCAUUAAUUUACAGCAGGGUGAAUGCUGUAAAUUAAAGACCAUCAGGUUUUUGAAAAGUCCUGUUGCACAGGAAGCAUGUGAGUAUCUCACUGAAGUGCUGGGUGUAAAUCCAUUAUUACUAAAAGAACUGAAUCUGAGUGAAGAUAAAUUAGGAGACCUGGAUGGAGAGAAGCUCUCUGCACUUUUGAUGGACUCUCAUAGCAAGCUGGAGAAGAUGAAGUUGAAUAAUUGUAAGCUGACAAAGAAAAGCUGUUCAGUUCUAGCUACUGUUCUCUCCUCAAAAACCAUCCUGAAAGAGAUGAACCUGAACAACAGCCGUCUGCUGGACUCAGGACUCAAAGAGAUCUGUGAGGGACUGAAGAAUCCUGUGUGUGAGCUGAAGAUACUCAAACUGUCAGACUGCAGUAUCACUGAAGAAGGUUAUAAAGCUCUGGCUUCAGCUCUGAGAUCAAACCCUUCACACCUGAUAGAGCUGGAUCUCACAGGAAAUGAUCCUGGACAAUCAGGAGUGAAGCAGCUCAUUGAUGUCCAAAAGGAUCCAAACUGUCAACUGAAGACACUGAGGUUUUUGGGUCCUGCUGCAGAUGAAGCCUGUCAGUAUGUGACUGGAAUUGUGGGUAAAAACCCGUUACUCCUGAGAGAACUGAAUCUGAGUGAACAUGAACUAGGAGACACACGAGUGAAUCAGAUCGCUGCUCUACUGCAGGAUAAACACUGUAAACUCAACACAUUGACUCUGCGUAAGUGUGGUCUAACAGAGGAAAGCUGUUCAGCUCUCGCUACAGUCCUGAGAUCAAACUCCAGUCUGAAAGAACUUGACAUGAGCAACAAUAAUCUGCAGGAUUCAGGAGUGAAGAAACUCCAGAACGGAUUAGAAAAUACUAACUGCACACUGAAGAAACUCAGACUUUCAGACUGCAGUAUCACUGAAAAAGGAUAUAAAGCUUUGGCUUCAGCUCUGAGAUCAAACCCUUCACACCUGAUAGAGCUGGAUCUCACAGGAAAUGAUCCUGGACAAUCAGGAGUGAAGCAGCUCAGUGAUUUACUACAGGAUCCAAACUGUCAACUGAAGACACUGAGGUUUUUGGGUCCUGCUUCAGAUGAAGCCUGUCAGUAUGUGAAAGGAAUUGUGGGUAAAAACCCGUUACUCCUGAGAGAGCUGAAUCUGAGUGAAUGUAAACUGCGAGACAAACGAGUGAAUCAGAUCGCUGCUCUACUGCAGGAUAAACACUGUAAACUCAACACACUGAUUCUGAAUAACAGCGAUAUCACAGAAGAAGAUUGUCAUGUUCUGGCUGAAGCUUUAAAUUCAAACCCUUCAAAUCUGACAGAACUGAAUCUGAGCGGGACUAAACUCAGAGACUCAGGAACGAAGUUCUUCUCGACUCUGUUUAAGAAUGAACAGUGUAGACUGAAAAAGCUGAAGUUUAAUUCCAUCUGUAUUACUGAAGAAGGUUGUGCUGUUCUGGCUUCAGCAUUCAAUUCAAAUCCUUCAAACCUGAUCGAGCUGGAUCUGAGUGGAAAUAAACUCGGAGACUCUGGAGUGACUGAAAUCUCCACUCUACUGAGAAAUUCACAAUGUUCGCUACAGAUUCUCAGACUUUCAGACUGCAGUAUCACUGAAGAAGGUUAUAAAGCUCUGGCUUCAGCUCUGAGAUCAAACCCUUCACACCUGAUAGAGCUGGAUCUCACAGGAAAUGAUCCUGGACAAUCAGGAGUGAAGCAGCUCAGUGAUUUACUACAGGAUCCAAACUGUCAGCUGAAGACACUGAGGUUUUUGGGUUCUACUGCAGAUGAAGCCUGUAAAUAUCUGAAUAAAGUUCUUCACACUAAAUACUCGUUACUCCUGAAAGAACUGAAUCUGAGUGAAUGUGAACUAGGAGACACACGAGUGAAUCAGAUCGCUGCUCUACUGCAGGAUAAACACUGUACACUCAACACACUGAUGUUGAAGAAUAACAGUAUUACAGAAGAAGGUUGUGCUGCUCUAAUUUCAGCAUUUAAUUCAAACCCUGCAAACCUGAUAGAACUGGAUCUGAGUGGAAAUAAAUUAGGAUGCCUAGGAAUGGAGAAGAUCUGUCUUCUGUUGAAAAAUCCUCAAUGCAAAUUCGAGAAACUGAAACUUUCAGACUGCAGUAUCACUGAAGAAGGUUAUAAAGCUCUGGCUUCAGCUCUGAGAUCAAACCCUUCACACCUGAUAGAGCUGGAUCUCACAGGAAAUGAUCCUGGACAAUCAGGAGUGAAGCAGCUCAAACAAGUACUACAGGAUGAAUGCUGUAAAUUGACCAUCAGGUUUUUGAAAAGUCGUGCAGCAGAGGAAGCGUGUGAGUAUCUUACUGAAGUUCUGCAAAUAAGUCCAUUACUUCUGACAGAACUGGAUCUGAGUGAAGAUAAAUUAGGAGAUCUGGAUGGGGAGAAGCUCUCUGCUCUUUUGAUGGACUCUCAUAGUAAAGUGCAGAAAAUCAAGCUGAAUAAUUGUGAGCUGACAAAGAAAAGCUGUUCAGUUCUAGCUACUGUUCUCUCCUCCAAAACCAUCCUGAAAGAGAUGAACCUGAACAACAGCCGUCUGCUGGAUUCAGGAGUCAAAGAGAUCUGUGAGGGACUGAAGAAGCGUGUAUGUGAGCUGAAGAUACUCAAUCUUUCAGACUGCAGGAUCACUGAAGAAGGAUAUAAAGCUCUGUCUUCAGCUCUGAGAUCAAACCCUUCACACCUGAUAGAGCUGGAUCUCACAGGAAAUGAUCCUGGACCAUCAGGAGUGAAGCAGCUCAAUGAUUUACUACAGGAUCCAAACUGUCAGCUGAAGACACUGAGGUUGUUGCAAAGUCCUGAUGCAGAAGAAGCCUGUAAAUAUCUGACUGAAGUUCUUCACAUUAAAAACCCGUUACUCCUGAGAGAGCUGAAUCUGAGUGAACAUGAACUAGGAGACACACGAGUGAAUCAGAUCGCUGCUCUACUGCAGGAUAAACACUGUAAACUCAACACACUGACUCUGCGUAAGUGUGGUCUAACAGAGGAAAGCUGUUCAGCUCUCGCUACAGUCCUGAGAUCAAACUCCAGUCUGAAAGAACUUGACAUGAGCAACAAUAAUCUGCAGGAUUCAGGAGUGAAGAAACUCCAGAACGGAUUAGAAAAUACAAACUGCACACUGCAGAAACUCAGACUUUCAGACUGCAGUAUCACUGAAGAAGGUUAUAAAGCUCUGGCUUCAGCUCUGAGAUCAAACCCUUCACACCUGAUAGAGCUGGAUCUCACAGGAAAUGAUCCUGGACAAUCAGGAGUGAAGGAGCUCAAUGAUUUACUACAGGAUCCAAACUGUCAACUGAAGACACUGAGGUUUUUGAGUCCUGCUGCAGAGAAAGCCUGUCAGUAUGUGCCUGGAAUUAUGGGUAGAAAUCCCUUAUUUAUGAGAGAGCUUAAUCUGAGUGGACAUAAACUUGACAUAAAAUUAGUGAAUUAUCUCGCUGCUCUACUGAAGGACAAACACUGUCAGCUCAACAAACUUCAGCUGAGUAAUAACAAUAUUACAGAAGAAGGUUGUGCUGCUCUGACUUCAGCAUUUAAUGUAAACCCUUCAAACCUGAUGGAGCUGGAUCUGAGUGGAAAUAAACUCGGAGACUCAGGAAUUGAGAAGAUCUGUCCUCUGCUGGAAAACACACAAUGCAGAUUAGAGAAACUGAAACUUUCAGACUGCAGUAUCACUGAAGAAGGUUAUAAAGCUCUGGCUUCAGCUCUGAGAUCAAACCCUUCACACCUGAUAGAGCUGGAUCUCACAGGAAAUGAUCCUGGACAAUCAGGAGUGAAGCAGCUCAGUGAUUUACUGCAGGAUGGACAGUGUUCAUUAAAGAUCAUCAGGUUUUUGAAAAGUCCUGCUGCACAGGAAGCGUGUGAGUAUCUCACUAAAGUUCUGGGUAAAAGUCCAUUAUUACUGACAGAACUGGAUCUGAGUGAAGAUAAAUUAGGAGAUCUGGAUGGAGAGAAACUCUCUGCUCUUUUGAUGGACUCUCAUAGCAAACUGGAGAAAAUGAAGGUGAAUAAUUGUAAGCUGACAGAGAAAAACUGUUCAGUUCUAGCUACUGUUCUCUCCUCCAAAACCAUCCUGAAAGAGAUGAACCUGAACAACAGCCGUCUGCUGGACUCAGGAGUCAAAGAGAUCUGUGAGGGACUGCAGAAGUCUAAGCUGAAGAUACUGAAACUUUCAGACUGCAGUAUCACUGAAGAAGGUUAUAAAGCUCUGGCUUCAGCUCUGAGAUCAAACCCUUCACACCUGAUAGAGCUGGAUCUCACAGGAAAUGAUCCUGGACAAUCAGGAGUGAAGCAGCUCAAUGAUUUACUACAGGAUCCAAACUAUCAGCUGAAGACACUGAGGUUGUUACAAAAUCCUGCUGCAGAUGAAGCCUGUCAGUAUGUGAAAGGAAUUGUGGGUAAAAACCCGUUACUACUGAGAGAACUGAAUCUGAGUGAACGUGAACUAGGAGACACACGAGUGAAUCAGAUCACUGCUCUACUGCAGGAUAAACACUGUAAACUCAACACACUGAUUCUGUGUAAGUGUGGUCUAACAGAGGAAAGCUGUUCAGCUCUCGCUACAGUCCUGAGAUCAAACUCCAGUCUGAAAGAGCUUGACAUGAGCAACAAUAAUCUGCAGGAUUCAGGAGUGAAGAAACUCCAGAACGGAUUAGAAAAUACAAACUGCACACUGCAGAAACUCAGACUUUCAGACUGCAGCAUCACUGAAGAAGGUUAUAAAGCUCUGGCUUCAGCUCUGAGAUCAAACCCUUCACACCUGAUAGAGCUGGAUCUCACAGGAAAUGAUCCUGGACAAUCAGGAGUGAAGCAGCUCAAUCAUUUACUACAGGAUCCAAACUAUCAACUGAAGACACUGAGGUUUCUGGGUCCUGCUGCAGAUGAAGCCUGUCAGUAUGUGACUGGAAUUGUGGGUAAAAACCCGUUACUCCUGAGAGAGCUGAAUCUGAGAGGACAUGAACUAGGAGACACACGAGUGAAUCAGAUCGCUGCUCUACUGCAGGAUAAACACUGUAAACUCAACACACUGAUUCUGCGUGGAUGCAGUAUUACAGAGAAUCAGUGUCUCAUCCUGACUUCAGCUCUGAAAUCAAACCCAUCACACCUGAGAAAACUGAACCUGAGUGGAAAUAAAAUAGAAAACAAAGGAGUGAAGCAUGUAUCUGAAACACUGAAGGAUGUACACUGUAAACUGGAGAGAUUGAGGUUAAGAGGCUGUUUUAUGACAGAUGAAGGUUGUUCUGCUCUGACUUCAGCUCUGAAAUCAAACCCAUCACACCUGAGAGAACUGGACCUGAGUAGAAAUGAACUAGGAGACGCUGGAUUUGAAAACCUCAGUGAUCUACUGAUGAACCCACAAUGCAAGCUGGAAAUACUAGCACUGUGUAAAUGCAAUAUUAGAGAGAAGCAGUGUGUCUUCCUGACUUCAGCUCUGAAAUCAAACCCAUCACACCUGAGAGAACUGGACCUCAGUGGAAAUAAACUUAAACACACAAGAGUGAAUACAUUUUAUGAUGUACUGAAGGAUUCAUCCUGUAAACUGGAGAAAUUGAGGUUAAGAUCUUGUGAUAUAAAAGCUGAAGAUUGUUCAGCUCUGACUUCAGCUCUGAAAUCAAACCCAUCACACCUGAGAGAGCUGGACCUGAGUGGGAAUGAAGUAGGACAAUCAAGAGUCAUGGCAAACCUCAGUGAUCUACUGAUGAACCCACAAUGCAAGCUGAAGAAACUAGCUCUGUGUGGAUGCAGUAUUACAGAGAAACAGUGUCUCAUCCUGACUUCAGCUCUGAAAUCAAACCCAUCACACCUGAGAGAGCUGAACCUCAGUGAGAAUAAACUAGGAGACUCUGGAGUUGAAAACCUUGGUGUUCUGUUGAGCAGUUCACAAUGCAAGCUGAAGAAACUACAUCUGUGUAGAUGCAGUAUUACAGAGAAACAGUGUCUCAUGCUGACUUCAGCUCUGUGUUCAAACCUUUCACACCUGAGAGAGCUGGACCUCAGUGGAAAUAAAAUAGAAAACAAAGGAGUGCAGAUUCUGUGUGACGUACUGAAGGAUUCACGCUGUAAACUGGAGAGAUUGAGUCUAAAUGACUGUGGUAUUACAGAUGUUGCUGCUUUGGCUCAGUCUUUGGCUGAAAAGAAAGCACUGCAGUUUCUAAAAGAGCUUGAUCUGAGUAACAAUAAAAUAGGAAACUCAAAGCAGCAGCUCAGUGAUCUGCUACGAGACUCAAACUGUAAACUGAGCCUGGAGAAAGAACAAUCACUCUUGAGAGCUGGUGUGAGCUACAUUAGUGGAUGGUUAACUGGGUCUAAAGCUCAGGAGGAAUCUGUGAAAUCAACAGAUCAAGAAAAGUCAUCAUCAGACGAGGAAUCCUCAGAAGCUGAAACAGAAGGGACUCAAGUCUGAUGACGCUCAGAAGAUGUGGAUUAGUAAGAACACAAGUCUAGAAGACCUUCAUCAUAAUCAUGUUAAGAUUAAACUCGUCCAUAAUGAAGCAAUUAAAAUAUUGCUGAUCAUAACUGUGAAUGUAAUUUAGCACUUAUAUAUCAAAUGACAUAAACUGAAAGUCUAAAAUGAAAAUGAAAUUAUUAUGGGCUACAUGUACAGAUUCAAAUCAGUGAUCGAUAAUAGAGUCAUUUUAAAGAUCAGUGAUCCUGUCGUAUUUAUAUUUCUUUAUACCAUUGUUUUAUUUUACAUUUAUGUAUGUUUUACAUCACAUUUCUCUUAUAUUUUAUAUACAGAAUGUGUAUUUAAAUUAGUUUUUGUAAGUUCUGUGUCUGUCUCUUGAGAAACAUGUCUCUGUAGAUCAGACUCUUUGACUGAAGUAAGAGAUGUGGAUGAAUCUGUUCUCUCACAGCGGCCCACACUGAUCUUUACUAGUGUUAGAAUAGAUGUGCUUUCAGUCACUAGUUUAGAUCGUCUGUCUGAUGCUUUUUGUUUAGUGAUUUUAAUCUUCUCUUGUAUUGUAAUGUAAUGUGUUGCAUAUUGUAACUAUUAAAAAUAAAACUUGAUCAUUUUA